AUGUGGUCUCUGGAUAUUGGAAUAAAACAAAUUUGUUUAUCUGCGAUAAGUGGAAAACAAAACCCUGAGUAUUUUCAAACUUUUGAUAUCACAAUUCUUCGUGUAUCGUUUCUCUUUCAAAAUUCACUGUUACUUCAUCACUCUGGUUCACAUGAUACAAUGGAAAUAAUUAGGAGGCCUAAUAUGGAAACACAACAACAUGAACACCUACACCGGAUAAUUACGUAA